CUGGAGGCGGCAACGUGUUCGUGGUGUCUCAUCACGUUUCUUGCGCCACUUCUUCCGGAUAAGGGUGCUUCUCAUGGAAUCCUGUCACCAGCGCUCUUCCCUUUCUAUAAGGACGAAUCGGAGGAGCAGAUAUUGCCAGUUCCAAAAAUGCUAGAAGACAGUGGUCUCAAUGAAAAAGAUCGUGAACGCAUUUUGGAGAUGGUAAUGGAGAUCUCCGGAGCUCGUGGUACGGUGGAAAACGCAAUGAAGGUUGGCGAGAGUUUCGAGUGCUUGCGUGCCUCAUUCAGUCAUGACCAGGUGGUGGACCUGGAACAAAGAGGUUUCACCUUUAUGGAGGUUGAUCAAAUGAGGAAACUCCAUCGUGAUCAAGGAUUGAAGGAACCUGAACUGGAAGAGCAGAUCGAGCUAUACAGUCGUACGCCGAAACUCAAAAGGGAACAGGCACUUUGGAAGACCGUAGCUGAUCUAGCCGGAACAAGCCAU